AUGGGACAAGGACCGAUCGGAGGCUACACUCUGCCACUUCCAUCCGGUAAUGGACCCAUUAAGGCACUAGAGACGGUGCCAUUGGACGCCACGGAGUAUGAGCAGAUAUUGAGCAAGCCUCAGUCCGUCUGGAAAACAAUUACCAGCGAGAGUGACGGAGAUGCACCUUUCUUCUCCCACUGGGUUAGUUCAUAA